AUGCAGCGAGGCGCCUCGCUGGGUCGGGCGAUGGUAUCGCUCGCGACGCGCGGCGCCCCAGCGCAUCUCGCGCGAGCGAGGAGCGGCGCGACCGCGACCACAUCCUCGCUCACCCGCGCGUCGUCGCACAACGGCGCGCGACACCACGCGACUUGGUCGCUCCAACCGAGUCAUCCCACGCCUCGCCCGCCGCACCGCGCGACGAGGGGACGGCCGUCGUCGCCCCCCGUCGUCGCGCGAUCGUCCACGACCGACUCCACGUCCACGUCCGCGAUCAAGGGCGAUCGCGUGACGCUUCCGCCCCCGGGCGACGUGCACCUGUGGAUCAUGGACCCGGCGGACGCCGCGGACCCGGCGCUGUGUCGCGACUACCGCGAACGAUGCCUGCCGGCGUCCGAGCGAGACGCGCUGGAGUCGGAGGCGGCGAACAUGACGGAAGGAGCGCUGCGACAGGCGACGCACAGCAAGGCGCUGAUGCGAUGGGUCCUCGCGAGGUACUGCGGCGGCGAGGUGGCCCCGGCAGACCUCCGGUUCGCGCACGGCGAGCACGGCAAGCCCAGACUCGUCGGCGUGGGUGGGGGGGCGACGUCCUCAUCGUCCAAUCCCUCGGCAUCCCACGAUGACGACGACGACGACGACGACGCCGCGUGGACGCGGAUCCGGUUCAGCGUCUCGCACACCAACCGCCUGGUGGUCCUCGCCGUCACGUCCGCUCCGGGUAUCGAACCCGCGCUCCAACAGCGGUGGAAACCGUGCGGCUCACCGACUCCGUCGGCGUCCCCGGGGUGGGGCGCCGACGUCCCGGCAAACGCGUCGCACGAAGUCGGCGUGGACUGCGAAGACGAACGGAGACGGACGAGCGCGGCGGCGGAUAAGCUCGCGGGACGAUGGCUCAGCGCGCUCGAGCACGACGCCCUCAAGGCCAUCGGGGACGAUGACGCACGCGCUUCAGCGUUCAUGCGCACGUGGACGCUGAAGGAAGCGUACGUCAAGGCGCUCGGCACGGGCAUCGCGGCGCACCCCUUCGGCGGGUUCGACGUGACGCUUCGUCAAAGCGACGGUCGUUCCAAGGUUUCUUCGGGUUUGGCACCGCCGUCAUCACCAGGCGUCAUCACGCUCACGGAGCGGUCGGGGACGAGCGCGGUGGAGAGGCGCGCGUGGGCGGCGACUGCGUCGAGGUGGAGGAUGGCGCUGUUGAAGCCGAGGGCGGAUGACUCUCUGCUCGUCGCGGUUUGCGCCGACGGGGGCUCCCGCGAGGGUUCGAAUGACGCGUCUGCGGGGAUGAACGUGAGGGUGCGGUGGACGGUGCCGAUGGUGGGGGACGUGGCGGAGGGAACGAGGCCGCCUCCCACGCUCAUCGCUCGCUCGGAGGGGUUCGGAGCGCUCGAGUAG